GCGGCGAUGCCGUUGGUUGCCAUCGUACUCUAUGUGUCGUAUAUAUAUGCGGAGCGGGGUGGAUGAGUGAGUGAGUGAGUGAGUGAGUGAGUGGUGGGGGAAGCAAUGGAGGGGAGAUCAGUGAAAAGGAGGCCCUGGGGGAGCUAAUAAACCCUCGCCAGGCACCACCCGCAGUGGCUUUGACUCAGUCCCGUCCAAUAGUUCGACAGCUCAACGCGUCCAGUUCCUUCUUCCUUCGAUGCGAAUGGAAUGAUUACUCUAGCAGCAGCAGCAACGACGAUCUUCACGAAACGCGGGCGUCAUGAGUCAAUCGAACAAAGGCCCAGAGGGGUGCACCUAUACUCUAUAUUAAACUCUGAACUUUUUUUUUCCUUUCUUUCUUUCUUUCUUUCUUUCUCUUUCACCUUCCCCUGCGUAACUAAGCACAGUACGCAGGCAGGCAGGCAAUCUACUAUACAAACGGCGAAUUCCGCUGGGAACCCACAGAGUCAUGGCCACGCUACCUACUCCACGGCCACCAGGUUCCCCGCAUUUUUCUUUUCUGGAUGGGAAUUGAGCGAGGGGAGGCUUCCGUUUAAGGGUGGAUUGAGAGCUCUCGUCCGGACAGAGACGUGGGGAGGCCCGGAGGCGGAACAUUAUUGGUUGGAGGGGAGCACGAGAUCACGAUCGAGGGGCAAGGGCCCGUUUGUGUCAUGCAGACAGCAUGGCUUUGGCUUUUUAGCGGCCAGUGAAGUCGGUACCUGGGACCUGUCCGUUUACCUGAACGUUGGCAGGCUGAUGCGUUGUCGAAGCCAAUUCCUCCGAUGCAGUAUGUGGUGUACAUACUGUGCGAAGAACGACGUGAGAGGACACUGCCAUUCAGCCCCUCAGAUCCGCUGCUAUAGGCGCCAACGCCCACUGUCGACGUCCAUACGCGGCUACCAGCCAAAGCGAGCGUGACGCUGUGGGGGUGGCACCCGUUCAACGUUGGAAUGGACCUGAUUUGCAGUGCGGCUGAAGUUUCAACGGCAUCGAAACAUCUUCAUGGCAUGCAGCUGAAGAUCGGGAUGUGAAGUUUGGUACAUAUGACGGAGUUGCAAAACGCCCCGACCAGAGCCAGCCACUCUCCCACAUACAUACCUACUCUACUCCAAAUCCAUUCCCGCCUUCUGCUUGCUUGCUUGCUCUCUCUCUCUCCCUCCCUCCUCCUUCCUAUCCAGGUUCCUGUCUCCACUCCGCCAGGUUCCCAUUUUCUGGCUCCUCUCCUCCCCUCCCUGUCAGGCGGAACUCGCC